AUGCCGCCUCCCUUGCACCCCCUCGCUCCCGCGAGGCCACGAGGCCUGCGGCAUUCUUCAGCGCCCCGGACCCCAGAGCCAGCUGCCGACGGAACUUUACAACAACCUUCGUCGCCUCCCCGACCACGAUUUCGGCUCAAGAGGCGCACCGUAUCGGAGCGAACAGCGCCUACCCAGCAGUUUCUCGCCUCUGUCGCUGCAGCGGAUGUUCCCAUCCCCAGCAUCGAAGAACCCCAGGUGUACGACGACGACGUCAUGCUCGACUCGGAAAUCUAUCCAGGAGUUCCGCUUCUCGGCAAUCUCGACGACAUUAGGUUCGCGGAGCACGACAUCCGCGGCAGACAAAUUUCCGGCCCCAAGACGCCCGCACCCCGUGCUAUCCCCUCGCUAUCGCCCAAGCGAUUCCCGGACUGGUCCAUAGAUGCUUCGUUCAGCAGCGUCGAGUCAAGCCCCGAGUGUGAAUCGAGCCGCCCGUCAACCGCUCGAUCAACCCAGACGAGCGCGUCGCUCUUCAGCCGGUAUUCUUUGACGUCGGAAGACUUCAGUCAGUGCGCCAGCCCAGACGAGGAGCAUGCAGAAAAAUUUGCAUCCUUGUUGCCUCCCGGGGACCUUGAAAAGACCAUCAGAGCCCCUGCGCAACGUGGUAAGCUCAGGAAGGCACCGUGGACCAGGGCCAUGAGCAAGCAUCUCUGGGCGACUUAUAUGAUGUACCUGCAAGAUCCCAAGGUCACGCCCUUCAGGGUUGGCAAGAGUGGCAUCCCGCCCUCGGGUGUCUGCAUGCGCGUGGCCCGGGAAGCCAAGAGAUCUUGGAAGGGAUCUCGCCCGCAGACCAAGGCGGACCCCAAGAGUGGGAGUACGACGCCCACUGCCGAGGUGCAGGGACCCUAUGUGCAAUGGCCCCAUACCUGUGCCGCCACGCGUGCGCAUCUGCGAGAGAUGUGCAAGGCCAACAGCGGCGCAGCAUCGCGUGGUUCGCACUGCAUGGCUCGGAGCCCUACGCCUUUCGGUAGGGCCGCAACCCGCGUCAGGAACCGCCGCUCAGCUCCCCUCCGGUCUCCCUCGGUAUUCUCAGGCUCCGACAUGGCCAUGUCGCUAACGAUGUGCACGGCGGACUCUAUGCAGCCGUCGGGACCUCUCGCACAGCUCACCAGCUCGCGGCCCAAGCUUGAGCUGGACCUUCUCACACCGGCCAGUGACAUAUCUCGCGGACACACACAUGCUGUCCGUUUAGGGUCUCCCUUUAUGGCCAAAAGCUAUGGCCCGAGCUCAUCAAGCAACCUGGCAGAAAGCCUCGGGGCUCGCGCUGAGUCUCACAGGCAGAGUCAUACGCUGGGCACACGCCGCAGCCUCGGGUCGCCGGUGCGGCUAAGCGACAGCCGGUCCAGCACCCAAAAGCGCCGCUCGCGGCAAUCGAUCCUGGAGACGCGGAGAUCCAAGCGACCUAGUCUCGGCUCCGACUUCUGGACAGACCCUUCAUCAGCGGCUGAGAGCUCCUCCGCCGCGUCGGUAUUUUCGUCGUCGUUUCCCGAGUUCUGCUCCACGAGCUCCAACGUCCGCGAUGAUCUGUUUGUCCCGAGAACGAAUGUCCAGGAACUCUUCGAGUCGUCAAACUCGGCGCCCUUCCAUACCACGGCUGUUGCUGCAGCGAUCCCCAAUCCUGCCGGCUUGGCGCCGCCUAUGAUGGCUCCUCCUCGACUUGGGUCGCCAUUCUCUGGAAAAAGCCAGAGCUUCUCAUUUCCGAGCCGAAACCCCAACACCUCAGUCAUAGACUUUGCUGCUGUUCGACGGCCGUUCGCCACCGUGCAUCAAUCCGCGGACAGCGUCGCGAGCUCCGCCAAACCGUCACUCGCAAACCGUCUGGCCUACAUUGACGAACGGCUAAAAGACUUUCGUCGAAGAGACCCUAGUGAGCGGCGGUCUCACUCGCCGUUGUGA